CUUUUUAAGAAAAAAAAUAAAAAAAAAACAAAAAUUGUAAAAUAAUUAAUUUAAAUCGUGAUAUCUUUUUUAUUAGCGUUGGAAAUGACUCAAAUAGCAAAGGAAGGUGUUUCUGAGCACUUAGGGUAUGAUGAGUCAUUGAAUGAAGUCUUGCAAUCUGGAAAAGAUUUGAGAGAACAUUCUAAAGAAAUUGAAAAAGAAUUGAAAAUCGUUUCAAAUAAAUCAAUUCAUGGAUAUAUUCAGCAAGCAGAGAACAUAGCGAAGCUGCAUAAUCAAAUUGGAACUUGCGAUAAUAUUUUACAAAACAUGGAGAACAUGCUGACGAAUUUUCAACAAGUUUUAAAUAAUAUAUCAUCAGAAAUUACAAUUUUACAGAAGAAAAGUGUAAACAUGUCACAGCAAUUAACUAAUAGAUGUGUUGUGAAAAAUCAAUUGUAUCAAUUUAUUGAGGAUAUGGCAAUUCCGGAAGAAAUGAUUAAAUGCAUUAUGGAAAGUUCAGUCACCGAUAAGGACUUUCUAAAGCAUCUGAAUGAACUGAAUCAUAAAUUGAGUAUGGUAAAAGAGCUGAAUUUUAAGGAAUCAAAGUCAGCUGAGGAUGUUGAAUUGGUUUUGGAGAAAUUGAAGCUUAAAGCGAUGUCUAAACUAAGAGGAUAUUUAUUGGAACAGAUAUACAAGCUCAGAAUUCCCAUGACAAAUUAUCAAGUACAUCAAAAUGCUAUGCUUAAAUAUAAAUUUUUCUUUGAAUUCAUCUUGUUAAAUGAACGACAUGUAGCGGAGGAAAUUUGCAGUGAAUAUGUAGACACGAUGUCAAAAAUUUAUUACAGUUACUUUAAAAGUUAUUCUACAAGACUGAAUGCACUAAAAUUCGAAGAAGCUGUUACAAAAGACGAUUUAAUGGGAAUUGAAGACACAGCAAGUAAAGGCAGUCUAUUUGUCAAGACUACAUCAUUAAAGCAGAAAAGUACAGUAUUUACAAUCGGAAAUAGAGGCGAUAUUUUGACAUCGGAACUUGAAGCACCAAUAAUAAUUCCACAUGCACAACAAAAGACUCGAUAUCCAUUUGAAGCACUUUUCCGAUCUGAGCAAUAUGCACUUGUUGAUAAUGCUUGUCGAGAAUAUUUAUUUAUUACUGAAUUUUAUCUUGUUAGAGGAAAUCAAGCUCAAGAGUUAUUUAACCAAAUAAUGGGUAAAACAAUGUCCUUAAUGAUGAAGAAUCUCGAAACUUAUAUUGUGGAUUGCUUCGAUACAAUUUCACUAUUCUUAUGCAUUCAAUUAAUACUGAGAUAUCAAAUUAUGUGUCAUAAACGUUGCACAGCUGUUUUGGAUAAAUAUUGGGAAACAUUACAGACUGCAUUAUGGCCACGUUUUGAGUAUCUAUUUCGCUUAAACAUUCAAAGUAUUAGAGAUUGUGAUCCGACAAAGUUUAGAAUUAAAGAAACUGGACCACAUUACAUUACACGAAGAUAUGGAGAAUUUUCUGCAGCUAUCGUUGGAAUUACUGAGAAUUUUCCAAAUGAAACAGUCAGUAGAUUAUUAUUAGAGCUUCAGAAUGAAGUCGAGUGCUUCAUGUUACGAAUGGCUGGUGCUAUAUUUCCACAGAGAAAAGAACAAUUGAUUUAUCUUAUUAAUAACUAUGACUUGAUAUUGGGAAUUUUGCAGGAACGAACCAGAGACAAUACCAAAGAAGCUGAAUCUUUUCGUGAGCAAUUAUCGUCAAAAAGUAAUGAGUAUGUUGAGGAGAUAUUGAGUCCUCAUAUAGGUGGAAUUAUACAUUUUGUGAAGGAAUGUGAAAAAGACAAUGCAGAUGAUUUAAAACGACACGAUCGGCGGGCAUUAGCACUGGUUCAAAAUUUCAGUUUAAACUGGAAAAAAGCUAUUGAAGAUUUAAAUCGUGAAGUACUUUUAUCAUUUCCAUCUCUGGUUACUGGCCAAUCGUUGUUACAACUUGCUUUAGCUCAAAUUGUUCAUUAUUACAAUCGAUUCCACAAAUUACUCUCACCAUCAGUCCGCUCUGAGCUAGUAAAUAUUCACUUGAUUAUGGUCGAAAUUAAAAAAUACAAGAGUAACUACUAAUUAAUUAAUUUUUUAUUAUUUGCUUGUUACAAAAAAAAUUAUUGAAUAAUAAAAUUAAGAGAUUUCGAAGUUAAUAAAAUAGAAUGAGAUUAAUCUUCAUCUUCAAAGAGCAUCGCUACAAGAUCAGCAUUUUCAACUUGUGAUCCGUCGAGUCGUUGAGCAGCUUUCCAACGCAUUAAUGUUGGUAGAAAAACCAAAUGUGUACGAGGGUCUUUCCUAAAAGGAUUUUCCAGGUUUUUCCAGCUAUAACAAGAAAGUUUAAUGACAAUAUAUUUGACUGAUGUAAUUAAAAACGUUUUACAUACAAUGGUCUAUCAAUCUCGCACAUUAUAAAAUGAGAAUCUUCAGGCGCUGUAGUUUCAACUACUUUUUCCACGACAGGUUUAGCACGAACACAAUAAGGACACCAUGAUUCACCUAUUAAAUUUAAAAAUUAAUUAAAGAUAUACAGCUAGCAAGCAUGUCUAUGCAUUAAAGUGAUGAUUAAUUUAUUUGGAAUGUGAUGUCACUCGUCAUUUCAAGCUGUGAUUAUGAUAUUCAGUGGAUGCUUUAACUUACCUAAUUCAUUUUUGUCGCCAGUAAAAAAUACAUUAAUUGGAACUUUAUCCUUUUCCAGCUCAACGACUAACUUCUCGAACUCGUCAAAAUUUUUUACAAAGUGUCUCUUAACCAUUCUUUGGCCUGCUUUUAGCAUAAAUCACUCAAACACUUGUGAACUGCUUGAUAUCUUUUUAAUUAAUGAUUUUAUAGAUAUGAAAAGAAUGUAAAUAUAAGAGAGAG